ACAGAAAAGCAUUUUUUUUUUGUAACAAAGUUUUUAAAGAAACAUGUUUGCAAAGUUACAUCUCCAAAUCUUUUGCGCAAAAACGCAACCAAGAUGCAACUGUUUCAAGAAACGUCAAGUAUUGUUUUUUUUUUCAUUGUUGUCAAAUCGCCUAUUUACAACUCCCAAAGAUCACUAAUGUCAAUAUCAGCUGUGUUCGCGUCACAACAAAGUGAGUGCAAAAAUUGCAGAGUGAUUAGAAAUCCCAUGAUAAGGGUGCUUACAUUUCGUCGAUUAUUUGUGUACGUAGCAGCGUAAAGAACUUUAGAAACCAUAUGUUUUCCAAAUCAAGCACAAUGGAUACGGGUAAAAUGCCGCCGUACGGAGGGCGAUGGUAUGGAAAAUGAGGAACUAGCUGGAUCAUUCACGGCAAAGCGAUCGUCCGCGUCAUCCACUGCGUCAUCUACACUGAUACCAUCGGGCGACAUCAAACUGCCAGCCAACUUUUCCAUCGAACGACUACUGCCACACUCAGGAUCGAACCCAGUGUACCGACCGACCGAACUCGUUACCAGCGGAAACACCUCACUGUCAGCGAUUGUGCCACGGGGAAAAGUGUUCAAUUUGGUGCCCCGUCUUGUAUCACCCGGUGGACGACCGAAGCUGUCCACGAUGCAUCACAAAGAGCCCAAGUUUGUUCCGUUCGAACCGUACAAAGGUGCCGUCACGCCGAUCAUACCCGGUCGCAACAACAUACCGGGUGGAGGAUCGCGCGUCAAGCUUACCAACCGUAACAACCUGGAUCUGAGCGUACUCGUUUCGCAGAUGUCUACCAUCACCGAUAAGGAACUGCGCACCAAAGACUCCCCCUCGUCGGAAGACGAAGAAAAACUGCGGUACGAGAAAGAGUUGGCAGAGCUGCGCAAAGAGCGAGACUAUUUUCAGGGACAGUUAAAAUUUCAAGCCCAAGUAAAUGCGGAAUUGAAGAAUCUGCUGGUGGCCGCCGUUGGUGAAGACUUGCAGACGAAGGUGAACGUGCUGACCGAGGACAAACUGCACCUAGCGCGCAAGCUGCUGAACUCGGCCGAAAAUCUAUCAUCGCACACGGAACAGAUCGAGUUCCUUGCCGGUCAGAGUGAGGUAUGGCGCAGUAAGUUUCUCGCCAGCAGCCUAAUGGUGGAGGAAUUGGCCCGCUGGAAAGCGAGCCUGCUGCAGCGGAAUGGACUGUUGCUAACUUCGAACAAAGAGCAGCUCGAGGUCAUUUCCAAAGCGCGCGAAAUGAUCAUCGACGUACUGAAACAUUUACGCUUCCUAGCCAAUGCGAAAGAUCCGCUACAGCUGCAAUCGGCCAACGUGCUCGAUCUGGCGUCCGAGUGCGUUAACAUAUCGCAACAGCUGGCCCUACAGCACUCCGCCCUAGGAAUGCCCAACAAUUUGGAUGGGUUAAAAGCGCUGGAAAGUAUGACAGAUGCGGAGAAGCUGGCCGUGCAGGCACUGCAAAACUCACACCAAUCGUUAAUACCGACGGACGAAGCAUUUAGAGCGAUCGUUGGCCAAGCAUUUCCCUCCAUUCAUUCGCUCAAGCAACAAUCGGACGCAUCGUUGCUAUCGAUGAGCUCAGAUUUUGAAGUAAUAACCAAACCAGACCACGAUACGUUCGGCGAGGAUACGAACUGACUGGCCUCUCGGUGGUUGUGAAUGUGUGUGUGUCUUUGUUUUUAACUAGCCUCGACGUUUCAGUGCAAUCAAAGCGGGUUCAGCAUUCAGAAUCUUUUUUAUACUAAUCCUUAGGACGCUCUAUAUAGAACAAACAGAGAAGAAAAGGCAAUAAAUGGAAAUUAAUCUGUUGGA